UCAUUUGCCGUGUAGUGCGCGCAGAAGGCGGAUGCGAAAAUAAAAGCAAUUAGUACACACUGCGCUCUUGUAGGUAUUAUACCCAAAGUACAUGAUGCUGUGUAACGGGCAGAAGAUGUCUGCUGUGGUACAGGAGUGGUGGAAUUAUUUUUGCUUUGGCAGCAGGCGCAGGUGCCGUUGGAUUUAGUUAUCUCAAAGUGUGCGUGGCUGACACACUAAGUGAUGAAUCCUCCAUUUCGUGGCUGUUUUCUAAUUGAGCCCGAUGGAUUCGCUUGCAGACACUGUUUUCUUAGUCAACGUUACAGCCAUUACCAGCUCAGGAGGAGGAGUGGGGCUUGGUACCCUGACACCACCCUUCAAUACCACCAUCAUAGCCAUAGAAAAUCAGACAGUAGAAGCACAGACUCAGGGACCAAGUGGGGGAAAGAUCCUAGAAGCAAGCGUUCUCCUACAUGGCAUAGCAGUGGCGUCUCAAGUGCUUAUGCUUUUGGUCAUUUUUCUUCUGUCCAGUUUAGGCAAUUGCGCAGUAAUCAUUGUUAUUAUCAAACACAGACAGCUGAGAACAAUAACAAAUGCUUUUAUCAUGUCUCUGUCUCUUUCUGACUUCAUGACUGCCAUACUAUGUCUACCUUUCUCUUUCAUCAUGUUGUUCAGUAGAGAUGGGGCUUGGAUAUUUGGGGAUCACUUUUGUGUCGCCAAUGGUUUCUUCAACUCAUGCUUUGGGAUUAUUUCUACCUUGACUAUGACCCUUAUAUCGUUUGAUCGUUAUUAUGCCAUAGUUAGACAGCCACAGGAGAAGAUCGGCAGAAAAAGAGCAAUCCAGUCACUUGUGGCUGUCUGGUUAAUAGCGGUUCUUUUUUCGUUCCCUUGGUACCUUUUGGCACGGGCAAAAGAGAAACUGGUAAUCCAUAAAAAGGGCUUCUAUCACUGCAUGUACAUAUUUCACUCAGGCACUUCCCGCAUGGGCACGACUUACAGUAUCAGUUUAAUUGUAAUAUGUUACUUGUUGCCUUUUGCCCUUAUGUGCUUUUGUCACUAUAACAUAUGUAAGACAGUCAGACUGUCAGAAAUCCGCGUCCGGCCAGUGACUACUUAUGCUCAUUUGCUCCGGUUUUAUAGUGAGAUGAGGACGGCCACCACUGUCCUGAUUAUGAUCGUGUUCAUUAUAUGCUGUUGGGGGCCUUACUGCAUCAUGGGCAUCGUGACCGCAGCCGGAGAAUAUUCAUUUUCUCCAGUUAUGGACACUGUUGCAAUUUGGAUGGCAUGGGCAAAUGGUGCAAUUAACCCUUUAAUUUAUGCCAUACGAAAUCCCAAUAUAUCUAUGUUGUUAGGCCGCAACAGAGAAGAAGGCUAUAGGACUAGGAAUAUUGCAGCUUAUCUAUCCACACAAAGCCAAAGUCGGGAGGCCAGGAAUCGUGCUGAUAGGAUAAAAGAUCGCUAUGUUAACCGUCGUGGGGCUGGCAGCAGGAUGUCAUCCUCUAGUCCUGCUAAUGGUGGUGGAGAUGUUGCAAUGUGGGCGUGUAAAAAUCCAGCUGUACUUUUCUGUAAGGAUGGCCAAACAGAUGCGACCACGGAGCCUGCUGUACCCAAAUCCGAAACUGCAGACACGAGCCUUUGAUUACGAAAUGGAGAUGACAAGAAAUAUUUGCUGUGACGCUUAACAAUAUAACCUGCUGGAAAAUGCACUAUUUUUGUAAUGUAGUGACAACAUCAUGAAAGUUGGUUCCUCGUAUAGAAUGAACAUUGAAUAAGCAUGGUAGCUGGGGUAUCUCCCUCCAGAAACAAACAGUAACUUUAUCAAACAUAUGAAAGUGCCAAAUCCAUUAUCAUGCAAAAAGUUGACUGCUUGGGUGACUUUUAAGUGCCAUCAUUGACUAAAUGAAUGAAAACACCAUUGCAGUUUUCAGUCCCAGAGUAUUUAAAAAAUAUUCACUGUGAACGUCAAACUUUUUUAGCAACUGUCGUGGAAACAGUACCAGAAAGAAUGGUUGCAAAAGAAAAAGCCAAAUUUACGAUGUUCUUGCAUCACUGUAUUCUGUUUGAUGUAUUUAUUACACAGCUACAUGCAAUCGAACGGAAUUACAGUGAAUAUAUUCUACUUUAUGUAAUGAACAGAGGAAAUUAUGGAAGUGCAAUAAUUUUAAAUUAAAAUAAUGCCAAAAGCCAAACAGCGACACACAUCUUUAAAAUUAAUUAAAAUAAAUAAACCACACAUCAUAUGUGCUUUUCGAUGAAAAUUGGUGUGCAAGCCUGGAUGAUUGCCAGCAGAUAUUUAUGAAUGAUACAAAGUUGCCUUGUUGUCUGAUACAUAUUCAGACAGCUGGAAAAUGAAGUUAAAUAUCUGAGCCAUCAGUGCCAAGAAUGAAUGCUUGAGAAACACACUGACUUAUAGCUUGGAAUAUGCAUUUGCCUUUUAUGGACACCACGUUCAUAUUUUUAUAGUAACAGUGGUACAUUUACAUACUCUGUAAUAAAUGUUAAAGGUAAGGCAGUUAACAAUGCUGAUGCAAUGAAAGCACAACUCAUGCGAUGACCUUUAACAUUAGUUUAGCUCCCAGAUGUCUCUGAACUUGCUAAUUGUCUGAUUGCUAGAGGAAUAGUAAUCCUAAAGCCUUAACGCAUUCAUUCAAAUGGUAUGGAUUUUUUUCCAUAAGCCUUCUUGAGAUUAGGAGAUAUAAACAUAUUGCUCUAUUUUAUUCAAAGAUUGUAAGUGUUUAUCUUUGUUACUGACUGUGAAAUAAGUGGGUGUACCUACAGUAAAUAUUUUGUAACUGAGCAAAGGAAUAAAUUAUUGUCUUUUAUGCAUCACAAAA